UGAAAAUAAGUAAAGAAAAAUAUAAAAAUCGCGGUGUGUUUUAAUCGACGGACGCCGAAACGUCACUUCCGCCCAGGUGUUGCCACGGUAACCAGAAAUGGCGCCGGGAAGCCAGCCAAUUCUGUCAUCCACUCCUCUGCAGGUCCUCUUGUACCUCAACAGUUGGUACUUUGGCGCUUUCUACCUGGCUGAAGUUCUCAUGUUCAUCUAUAAAGGUAUUUUACUGCCGUACCCGACUGGUAAUCUGGUUUUGGAUGUGGUGCUACUGGUUCUCUUCCUCGGACUGGAGAUACUCAGGAUAUUCUAUGCCUGGAAGGGCAACUUGUGCGAGCACUCUCUCACCACGGCCGUGUCGCUCUUCCUGCUGCUGCCGUGCGCCACGCUGGCCGCCUACUUCCUGCUGCUGCAGACCUUCGUCCUGCGUCUGGAGUUCCUCCUCAGCAUCGUGCUCCUCUGCUUCUACGGCCUCCAGUUCCUGCUGGGCGUCCUCGCCUUGUCCGCCUUCUCCAGAGCCGUAGUUUACUGAGCAGCACAAAGCUGAGCCGGUGAGGUCACGUCGGAUCAUGAAACUCGCUGUAAAUAUUUUUGUUUAUGGAAGCUUUUUACUUUUAUACAAAAUGACAAAUUGUGUGUAAAUAAAGGAUGUUGAGACAGACA